AUGCUCGUCCGUCAGAUAGCCGUUUUCCACGCCCUCAUUGGUCUUGUAUGCUCACACUCGUGGGUGGAGAGACUCAUGGUCAUUGGCACCAAUGGCACAAUGAUCGGAAACCCAGGCUAUAUUCGUGGUGCUGUUUCCAGGCUUGAUCCGAAUUUCAACGACUUUAAAAUGCAACAUCUCUUGCCAACAAUUCCCGACGGUCUGCUUACAGACAAAUUGUGCAAGAAUACACAGAGAAAUAGGACUUAUACUACUGAUCUUCCGGCACUCCAAGCAGCCCCUGGUGCCUUCAUUGCUCUGCAAUACCAGGAGAACGGCCAUGUCACCUUGCCAGGACUCACGCCACAAAAGAAGAAUAGUGGCACCGUAUACGUAUACGGCACGUUAUAUCCUCGCGACGAUGAAUUGCUUUCCUCCAUCCAUAAUGUUUGGAAUACGGACGGCACCGGCGGCGAUGGUCGAGGCAGACUCCUUGCGGUCAGAAAUUUUGAUGAUGGACAAUGCUAUCAGAUUAAUACCGGUCCACUCUCCAUGCAACGACAGGCCAAGUUCCAUAAAGCUGCAAUGAACCCACAAGGUGCCGACCUUUGGUGCCAAAAUGACAUCCGGCUUCCUGUCAGUAUUCCUUUCAGUUGGUACACCCUCUAUUGGGUCUGGGAUUGGCCGAGUUCUCCGAGUGAUCAUUUGCCAGGAGGGGAAUCGGAGAUAUAUACCAGUUGUAUGGAUAUAGAAAUUCAACCGAGAGUUCAGCUAGAUGAAAUGAAUUUUGUUGAUGGACAAGAUCUCAAUAUGGCAGGCAUCAAAGAACAGCUAGAGUAG